AUGGCCACCUCAGUAAUCGCCUCGGCCGCCUCCAUGGCUUCUUCCACAGCCGCAUCCGCAACCUUCAUCGCGUCCGGACCACCACAGUCAUACGACGAAGACGAUUCCAACGGGGAGUGCUCGUUGCUGGGCUCCUUCGCGCUGCUUGUGCAAGGCGCACUUGGUGCUCUGGCUCUACUCUCCCUCGUCUACAAGCGGUGGCGGGAACGGCCUCAACGACCUCUCAAGAUUUGGUUCUUCGACGUAUCAAAACAGGUUUUCGGUUCUGUUCUUGUUCACAUCGCAAAUAUCUUCAUGUCCAUGUUGACGAGCGGCCGAUUUUCGGUCCAGGUCGACCCUUCAGCAACAUCCAUGACGAGACGAUCCGAUGAUGAUAACUACGCCCCGAACCCAUGCUCUUUUUAUCUUCUCAACCUCGCGAUAGAUGCAAGUACCACUCUCGGUAUCCCUAUACUCAUCAUCCUCCUCAAGAUCCUCACAGGUCUCGUUCGUUUCACACCCGUCGGUCAACCCCCGGAAUCUGUUCAGUCUGGCAACUACGGUACCCCACCCAAUGUAUGGUGGUGGUUGAAACAAUCAGUCAUUUAUUUCUGUGGCCUUUUUGGCAUGAAGAUCUGCGUGCUCAUCAUCUUCAUCAUGAUGCCUUGGAUCUCAAAAGCUGGCGAUUGGGCUCUUGGCUGGACCGAGGGCAAUGAGAGGCUUCAGAUCGCGUUUGUCAUGAUGAUCUUUCCCCUCAUCAUGAACGCCCUCCAAUACUAUAUCAUCGACUCGUUCAUCAAGCUCAAAGAGACCAACCACGAAACCCAUGGUAACGAAUCUGAUGAUGAAGGCCGCCGCAGGAGGUACGACGACAGUGAGGACGAGACUUCACGUGCCAGACUGGUCGAUUCGGAGCACGAGACCGACAGUGAGUCCGAUGACGAUGACGAUAAGCCUGUCACGCGGCCCACUCAUUCCACGCAAUCCAAGGGCAGAGACUCUGGAGAGUAUGACCCAGAGCGCGAUGGUGACGAUCGAACAAUCAUAGGAAGUAGUGCGAGCGCCCGUGGUCCUCAGGACAAGGUUCCUCAAGAGCUAUACCCCAAGGAGUAG